GCUCUGUCUCCCACAGCUGGAGUUUGCUGUGCAAAUGAGCUGUCAGAGCUGCGUGGACUCGGUGCAGACAUCCCUGCGUGGCGUGGCAGGUAUCCAGGGAGUAGAGGUACAACUGGAGAAUCAGAGCGUCCUCGUGACCACCACCUUGCCCAGCCAGGAGGUGCAGAGUCUCCUGGAGGAUACAGGGCGCCAGGCAGUGCUCAAGGGCAUGGGCAGCUGAAUGCUUCCUGAGAACCCAGAGAACCUGGGGGCAGCCGUGGCCAUGUUGGGGAAGCCUGGGGCCGUGCAGGGAGUUGUGCGCUUCCUACAAGUGUCCCCUCAAUGCUGCCUCAUCGAGGGGGCGAUCGAUGGCCUGGAGCCUGUGCCCCAUGGCCUCCACGUUCAUCAGUAUGGGGACUUGACCCAAAAUUGUGCUAGCUGUGGAGACCACUUCAACCCUGAUGGAAUGCCCCAUGGUGGCCCCAAGGACACCCAGCGGCACCUGGGAGAUCUGGGGAACGUCUAUGCCAGUGCUGAUGGCAGAGCGACCUUCAGAAUGGAGGACGAGAAGCUCAAGGUGUGGGACAUCAUUGGCCGAAGCCUGGUCAUUGAUGCAGGUGAAGAUGACCUGGGUCAGGGAGGACACCCGCUCUCCAAGGUCACCGGAAACUCUGGAGAGAGGCUAGCUUGUGGCAUCAUUGCUCGCUCAGCCGGCCUCUUCCAGAACCCCAAGCAGAUCUGCACCUGUGACGGCCUCACCAUCUGGGAAGAGCAGGGCCGGCCCCUCGCUGGUGAAGGGCGAAGGAAGCCUGCACAGACCCCGGCUCACCUUUGAUCUGACGCUGCUGAGAUGGCCUGAGCCUUCUCAGAGUCCUCCCUGAGAGGCUCCAAU